AUGCACGGGCAUGAACAUGUGCAAGCUAUUGUCACACUUAGGUCAAGAAGACAAGUGGACAAUCAAGUGGUUCUGCCAGAAGAGAACCCUGCUAUGCCGCAAGGGCCAGAAAGUCAUAACAAUGAGGCGAGAGAUGCUGAGUCUUCUAGAGUCAUACCCAUUGUCAAGGAUCUCCCAAGGACAUUUUUUCCUAAAGCUCCUUACCCAGAAAGAUUGCAAGCUCCCAAGAAAGGAGAGAAAUUUGAGGACAUUUUGGAGCUGUUCAAGCAAGUCCAGAUUAACAUCCCGUUUUUGGAUUCCAUCCAGCAAGUGUCAUCAUAUGCCAAGUUUUUGAAUAACUUGAUCACUCUUAAGAGAAGGACAAAUGUCCCGAAGAAGGCGUUUCUGACCAAGCAAGUCAACUAUAUCCUUAAAUACAAGCUACCCAUUAAGUACAAGGACCCUUGGUGUCUUACAAUUUAUUGCAUGAUCGGAGUUGGCAGGAUUGAAAGGGCUCUAUUGGAUCUUGGAGCGAGUGUGAAUCUCCUACCUUAUUCAGUCUACCGACAAUUGGUAUUAGGAGAAUUGAAGCCCACAUCUAUGACACUCCAGUUGGCUGAUAGGUUUGUGAAGAUCCCAAGGGGAAUUAUUGAGGAUGUGCUGAUUAAUGUGGACAAGUUUUAUUUCCCUGUGGGCUUCAUUGUGCUAGACACAGAACUGGUUCAGAAUGUUGGGAUUCAAAUACCGGUGAUUUUAGGGCGACCCUUCUUAGCUAUGACUAAUGCCCUAAUAAGUUGUAGAACGGGGGUGAUGGAGAUCUCUUUCGGGAACAUGACACUAGAGCUGAAUAUCUUUGAUAUCAGCAAGCAGCCACUUGAAUAUGAUGAGGUCAAAGAUGUGUGCUUGAUUGAAGAGAUAAUUGAUGAGACUGUUAGUGAGUCAAGCAUGGAGGACCCCUUGGAAGCAUGCUUUGCUCAAUUUGGAUGUGAUUUGGACUUGGAUAAGUUACUUGAGCAAGCUGAUGCUAUUUUGGAGUCUGCCCUAGUGGUGAUCGAGCAGUGA